CUAUAACCCAGAGAGUCUGUUCAGCUGACCUCCAAGGAGCGGCAAACCGUCUUCUCCAUACACAGCUAGGUUCGCGUUUUAAAGUCCAAAACCCAAAACCAGGUUACCAACGUGAUGUCACUGAAUUGCUGCUGAUGAACAUGGAGCUGGAGAAGAGAUGCCACAAUCAGCUCCUGGAAGCUGAUUUUCCAGAGCACGUAUCACCGCCUUGCAUAGCACGUUACUUAUCCCCAAGAAAUAUGGUAGCAGGAGGAAAAGCAAGAAAGCAGAGACCGAGAGAGAGGCUGAAGCACGUUAACGCUGACCACUGGAGAGACCAUCCUUCCUCAGCUGUGGUCUUUGCUAUGCCCAUCAGACCCUUUACUGCCUCUUCCUUCAACCGUCUUCCGCCUCUGAUGUAUCCACACACCAUUCAGCCUGGCAAUUCCCAACCAAGAGAUGUCGCUUCAUCCCUUUCCAACAGUGUUCAAGAUUGUUCUUUGUCAUGUUUUCCCAGAGAAUACGUGGUUUCCAUGUUUUCAUCCCCACAACUUUCUUCAAUAUCCUCUUAUCCCUUAGGCGCUGAUAUACAAUACAAGGAAAGGUUGAAAUUAAAAAUUUACGUGCCAUUGUGUUUGUAUUCUUACCUGCUCCAUAAAUUGUUCAAGCUUCUUUUGUGGAAGAGUGAGUUUCCAUUUUUGACGUUGCACCUGCACAUUGGGCAGUCCUUACACACAAGAUGGGUUUCCAUUUGUCCCAUCUCAGUCCAGGAUCAUCUUUAAAAAUUCCACAUUUUCCUUACAAACUUUGAAGUCAGGAGGUCCUUCCAUGCUAUGUAACCAAACUUCUUCU